CUAUACGGAGGGGUCCACUAUAUCGAGAUGUCCACCAUGUAGAGGUUCGAUUCCAGCAAAAAUCGCUCCGUCGGACCGCGAAGUGUCCACUAUAGAGAGGUGUCCACUAUGGGAGGUUUUACUGUAUUCACAUAUCGGUUCUGGUCGUCCAGUCAAAAGAAAAAUUGGCCAAGUGGCUUAAAGAGACAGGCAAAAACAAGUAAAUAUUUACUAGAUAUUAUUUUUUGGUUCAAUUUCAGUCGUUUUUUAAGAUUAUGUUAUCAACUUAUGAUGACGUUAGAUUACACAAUAUUCAAACAAAAGCUGAAAUGUUACGCGAUGUGUCUGAUAUUGAUAUACGUACUCAGCUUCAUCUAUGACAGGAGACUCUACUCUUUCGACGACAAUAUGUUCGCUAUAGACCCACAUUAGCAAUUCUUAAAGAAUUUCCAGGUUAUUCCAAUCCACUUUUGGUAAUUUUAGUUUUCUCAGAUUGUUUUCGUCAAAUAAAUAGUUAAUUUUUAUUACAGGUAUUUGAAGAGGUCAAAAUGACCACGAGUGUUGAUUUAAGUGUUGUUGUAAGACGACAGAUACUGAUUUUACUUGAUAAAUGAUUAAAGUGCCUAUUUUUUUUACUGGUAACUAUAUAGAUUCAUAUAUGUUCUAAUGAAUCAUAUUUGGUUUUAGAUUCACUUGCUACUCAGCUCAUCAAAUUGCUAUGUCGACAUUUUGAUGAAACUAUACAUCAUACACUUUGCAGUUCUGUAAGUAUUGUUUCAUAGUUUCUCUAGAAGAAUCUUUCCUUGAUACUGAAGACGACUUCACGAAAUGCUAUAAAAUAAGUCGAUCUAACUAUGUUUCAGAAAUAGAAAAUAGUUUAUGAACAAAUGAAUCUGUAUUGGCUACUUAGUAAGAUUCUUCUAGUUGAAAAAUAAAACAAAGAUUUCACUAGUCUUUUGCCUUCAACUCUUAAAGCAGAACGGUCUUGACUAAGAUCUCUGAAAGUAUUAUUAGUUUUCCAUAGUGAAUUCAACAGAAUAUUGUACAACAGAUUUGUAUUCAUAGGAAACAAGCGGACAAAUAUUGCAAUAUUAUUAUUAUUUAUAUAUAUUUCGCUUACUCAUAACUUUGUCAGCCGUUAUCACGUUGAAAGAAGUCAAAAGAAUAAUUGAGAUGAAUCCCUCUGUUAAAUAAAAAUUUAGAAAAAAAAAAUUCAAGUUAAAUUUCGACUAACGAAAAGCCUGCUAAGACUUCGCUUUUUUUUUUUGGUCAUACUGUUCCAACGAGUCACACACCUUUUGUUCAUUUUAAUGCUAUGCCACAUUCUCAAUCUCCAUGUUAGUAAUUCGUGUCUCAUGAAAUGUUGUUAUUUGUUGUGAAAUUUAUCAAUGUAUGAACAUUAAUUUUUUUCAGGAACCAUCAACACCAUAUCCAACGUUAAUUUUUGCCAAUGACCGAAUUUACAUUUAUGUCGAUUUUAUACUAAUUAUUUUAACAACAUUACCAGAUGAUGUUCUUGGUCUUCUUAUUGGCAUGUAUAGUGUAUUCGAAUUGAAUUUUAAUAGACAUAGUUGUGCGAUACGAUUCAUUUAUGCAAUUCUUCAUAAUGAUAAACGUUUUCUUUCAAAUACAAUGCAUAUAUUAAUCAAGGAGAAAGAUAUUGAUAUUAUUAAUGAAACAAAUCGACAAUAA